AUGGCCACCUACCAGCAGUCCGGCGGUGGCUCGGGCUCUGGCUCGACUAUCGGUCGCGGAGCCUCGCGAGCCUUGAGCUCGGCACUCCGCAGCGCUGCCCGGAGCACCGACAGCGGCGAGUCGAUGGACCUGGAUGGUGGACUCGGGAGGGCAGGCAGGGGCGGCCACAGGCGCACCGGUGCCCGGUCAGCCGGCCCCCUUGACCAGGUAUAA